AUCCUCACAUAUGUCUCACAAUACUAUAAUUACUUCCGCGGCCGCUUGCCAAUCGGGGGAGUAGGAGGUAUCAAACGGCAUGCUGAGGACUCAAAGGAGAUGCCAUCAGAGAAGAAGAAUCUGCCUGUGGUUGCCAAAAACCACAAUCUUAAAGCAAACACAGAGAACCGUCCUCCUCAAACUGAAAUGCCAAAAAAUAUCAGAGACAACCGUCCAACAUCUCUUAACAUCCAGAAAAGUGCUCCAGAGAAGCACAUUGUAGCUAUUUCAGCUCGGCAGACUGGCACAGACUGGCAGAAAUCUCCAGGGCCAAAAUGUGUGCAGGCGCCCGUCACUCCACUCAGAGUGAGAUCUCCACAGCCACACAGAGAUGCUGAGAAGAAAGCUGUUUUGGUGGAGAAUUCAAAUAAAACCGGCACGUUGAACAGUGAAUGUGCGGUAUGUGGAAAUCAUGUACAUCUGGUCCAGAGACACCUGGAUGAUGGAAAACUCUACCACCGGAGCUGCUUUAAGUGUACUGUAUGCUAUGGCACACUGAAAUCUGGGGCAUAUAAACUGGGAGCAGACGUUGGCUCACUGGUCUGCACCAUUCACCAACAUGGCCAAAAUGACUUCAAGCCUACUGUUAAGCCUUUUAAGAGCAGUGACUUUACGCUUGCUGAUUUGGUACCCAAAUCUGACCGUGGCGAUCAGCCAUCUUCACAGCGCUACACCUCUAUAUUAUCUGCACCCAUCAAAGCUGUGCCCAGACCAGUGGAGCUCAGUCAUGCUCUGCAGUCGUGGACCGCAUCUGCUCAGAGGACUCAGGAAGCCAGGCAGAAGUUCUUCCAGUCCUGUGGUCCAGCAGCAGAGCAUCGGCCCACCACAAGACAGCAGUCAGGGCCCUCAGAGUCCUGCAUCAAUCAGAACACGAGUCUGAAGAUGGAGGAGAAAGACAGAACCAGUGCACUGACAAAUGGAAAACUAUUUGAAGGAAACACGAAUAACAACAAUGCGCUUAAUUCUGACCCAGGAGCAUGGAGGCAGUGA